AAAUAAGAUGAAAUAGCAACCUGAGGAUCAGACUACUUCACUUCUCUGCUCCAGCUUUGAGAAGACCAGAACCUUUUACACUUAAUAGAAACUAUGACAGGGGUUGUAAUACCUGUCGCAAUCCUUGUGGUCAUAAACUGUGUUUUAGGGAAUAGUGAAGUGACCACCAAACAUAAUGAAUGUAACACAGGAGUCCCAGGUAUUCCAGGAACCCCAGGCCUGAAUGGUCAGCAUGGACCUCCAGGAAGAGAUGGCAAAGAUGGGGAACCAGGACUUAAGGGUGACCCAGGAGAACCAGGUGAAAAAGGUCCACAUGGUCCUCCUGGUAAAAUCGGUCCUCAAGGAUUUUCCGGGUCUCAAGGACUUGCUGGUCCUCCAGGUCCACCAGGCUUACCAGGGUCAUCAUUAUCAAGGAAAACCUAUGCAUUUCAUGUUGGGUUGGCAUCUUCCUUUCCAUCUACCGAUGACCCGAUUAAAUUUGGGAAGGUUUUUUACAAUGAGCAAAGUAUUUACAACACAGGAAAUGGAAAGUUCAUAGCUCCAGUAGAUGGUCUUUAUUUCUUCACUUACCAAAUUACCGUCUUUAAUAAAAAUGUACAUCUUACCCUAAGACAUAAUAAUAAUAUUAUGCAGUAUAUGUAUCAUGUAUUUGCUUCCAAUACUCACCAAGCCUCUGGGGCCUCCAUUCUAGCUUUGAAACAGAAAGAUGAGGUUUGGCUGCAGGUUGUAGACAGCGACAAUGGUCUUUAUGCUGAUAGCGAUGAUGACUCCACAUUCUCAGGAUUCCUGAUUUCUUAAAGAGUACCUCUCAUGAUCUUGUAAAAUUUUAUUAUCCUCCUAGUUCACCGCCUCCAUCAUGAUAAUCCACCCCCUGCAUUUAUUUUUAUUAUUUUUCAGUUUCCUACCUUGAUAUGUGACAUCAUCUGAAGCCAUACAGGGGAGUUCAGUUUGUGAGAUGAGCUCUGAUUGGCUAAGGCUGCACACACACCCCUCAGCACUCCAGACUGCAUUUCCUGAUUUUGGACUUCUGCCAGGCCAGCAAGAGUCCAAAAUCGGUGCAAGAUAUAGGGGGAAAUGUACUCUGGACAAGUAGGGAGACACCUAGUGGCAGCUUUUUUAAACACAAAUAAAACAUAGAAAACUUUUAUUUUUUAAUCAAAGUACAUUAGAAAUAUUUUUUAUUUACCAUAAGGAAUGCAAUAGCAAAAGUUUCAAUGAUAGUGCCCAGUAUGAGGCUUUUGAGGCUAUGAAAUGUGUACAACAUUAGUAUAGUAAUACACAUUUAUAACAUGUAAUGCAGUAAUACACAAUGGAAAAUCAAAGCUAUCUAAUAGCUCUUGCACCAAAUACAGUCAUUGCUUGUCAAUAAAACAGGAUUUCUGGCACAGAACUGUAGUAUUUUCAUUUAUUUGACCCUUUUUUACUGAUUUUAUUAAAUAAUUCUAUGCAACAUUUAGAAGUUUCUGUUGAAAUCCUGAUCCUGCAAAAUGACGCAAAGUAUGUGAGGUGUAGGGGGUUACCAGUAAGAUCAUAGCAGCUAGUUAAAGGGGUUAUUCAGGAAAAAAAACUUUUAUAUAUAUAUAUAUAUAUAUAUAUAUCAACUGGCUCCAGAAA